GAAGUCCAUGGGGACUCCCUGCUCUGAAUGUCCUGACUCAACACCAGUAAGAGGACAAAUCUCUGGAGUGGGAAAGUUUUCAAACCCAACUGUCCGGGUCAUAUGUCAGGGUGCGUGCAGGGAUCAUGGCAUCAAGGACAGACGAGGGUAAGGAGAAAGAGGUAACUUAGGACCAUGGAGCACCUGUGAAGGGGUGUGUGGGGUCUUCCGUGACCCACAUGGCAGAUACAUAACUUAUGAGAAGCACUGAAACCACUACAUCAAUUUGAGGCACAGUAAUAUCUUUCAUUGCUCGCCUAAGACUGAAGACUGGUACCACAGGCAUUCCAGGUAGAAGGACCUUAGGACAGGUAAUAGUGAUGCUCAAGUACACUGAGAAUUUGUCAAUCUCAUCUGUGUUUUUGUGGCCCUCUUGCUUCCUGCAGAACAUUUCCAUAUUCCACCAUCUACUGGGACCUCCAGUGCUCAGCAGCUCUCACCUUGCAUGGUGAGCAACGCUGCUUUAACACCAAGUGCCUGCAGCUCCAGCGGAGUAACACCUCCAGGCCUCAGUUCAGCAAGGCUCCCACCCUCUGCCUCUGCCAACUACUUCGAGCCAGUCAUGGCCAGUACCUACAUUUUCCAACACUGUAGCAUAAGUAGGUUUGUAGGGGUCUCUGGCCAGAGCCAGCGGUUCACUUCGGCUUUGCCAUACCCAGGCCUUUGGCAGGGGGAUCAGAGGGUGAGCUCUACACACCAAUAUCCACCCCUCCAUAACACUGCCGUGACUGUCACUGAGCAGAGCACGGUAGUGGCCUCAACACCCAUGCCUGUCCGUGCUGCUGCCAUGAUUCCAGUAUAUCCAUCUGCCAGCCUGGUUCCUGCUACACUACCCACACGCAUGGCAAGUCAAGGACACGGCCACUACUACAGUCAGGGUGCCCUGGGGCCUCUGCUGUCUGCAGAGCAUGGAGCACUGUACCCAUAUGAGUGUGUGCCCCACACAAGCAAUGGGGCUUCUGGGCCUCAGCAGCACAUUUUGAUGGUGCUGAAGGAGAUCCAGCACACAAAGAUGAUAUUAUCCUCUGCUGCUCCAACCAUGUACAGCCAAGAAGACCAACAUAAAGUAGGCGGCAGAGAGAAGGCAGCCAACACCCCAAAUCAAGGCCCAAGACAAACCAAUUGCAAACAGGAAGCCCAAGAGACAGCCACCCGUGUUUGGCCAAGAGUCUUCAAAAUGCCUCGCACCUCCCUAGGGAUGCACAUGCUAGAAUCCGUGCAGGUUUUCCACCCAUUAUGGAAGAAGCUAGAUAAGAGAGCUGGGCCUAUUUCCUCCCAGGCGCUGGAAAUAUCCAAUGACCCCAAAGUUGACAAGACUUCGCAAGCCUCCAAACCAUGGCCAAGGGCCCCACAUGUGGGAAAGGGGACUGAAAGAGCUAGGGACAACUCCCAGAACCUGCAGAAGCCUGCUGGGACAGAGGACUCAAAUGCAACCCUUUGUGAGCGCCCACCACCUGGGCAGGUGAAGUUAAUACCUUUGCAGUUUCCGAGUCCUGCAAAGCAUCAGGAAAAGCCUGUCUAUAGAAAGCCACGGGAUUUUUCUUCAAGGAGACCCACUGUAGCUCAGCACACCGGAACUGCAGAUACUAGCACAGCUCACCCAUCCCAAAGAGCUUGUGCCAACCCUUCUCUGAUGUGCACUGUCAACCAGGCUCACACAAUGCCAAAUGGUACCUGCCCACCACCUCAGUCUGCAAGGUGUAAGCCUCCAUGCCAGGUGACACCACUGAUUGCCUCUCUCAUAAGGGAGCCUGUUGCCUGUGCUGCCACUAAGCACAGGUCCCCACCUCAGCAGCGUAACCCAUUUCUCCUGGAAGACUUCAGUUGCCAACCGAUUCCCUGGAGGGAACCCAAUGUGCCUGAGCCUGUCAUGUCCAGCCCCAUCACAGUGGAACAGAGGCCAGAGCACGAGGCCAUGAAGAGGCAGGCUCAGCGACAGUGGGUUGCAGCCCAUAACACAUCCUUAGGGAAACUGCAAUUCUUUAAGCAGAGAGAGAGAGACCUGGAAAUUGCCCAGUACUAUGGGUAUGCAAGAUGGGAGACAGCAGCACAGUCCAGCCACUGUGGCCUCCAAAUAGUUUUUCCCAUAGAUAUGUAG